CAUGAGGGCGUUCCUAGCUAUUGUCGUUCUGGGCGUUGCCGCGGCCAAGCCGCACGUCUCCCUGGAGGACGCCAAGUCGCUGGAGCCCGUGCCUUUCGACGCCGAGCUGGGAGCCGCACGCACCACUCUUGCGUGCGGUACCCACGCACUGACUACGGGAACGUACACCAUCACGUCGCCGAACUACCCUUCCAACUACGGCAACGACUACGACUGUGUCUACAAGCUGACACCGGGAUCGGGUGCCGCGACCUUAUCCAUCAGUUGCUCUGCAUUCGACAUUGAGAUGCACAGCUCCUGUGAGUGGGACUGGCUGCGCGUGAACGGAAACAAGUUCUGUGGAAGUCAGGGUCCCUCCGUCUCUGGCAGCUCAGCCCUGAACAUCGACUUCCACUCCGACUACGUCGAGGUCGGGACUGGGUUCUCCUGCACCAUCCGGGCUGCGGCCGGAUCGGGUGGAUCUUCCUCAGGCAGCUGCAGCUGCGGCGUGGCCAACCGUGCCUCGCGGGUGGUUGGCGGUGUCCAGACCGAGGUCAAUGAGUACCCGUGGCAGGCGGGUCUGGUCGACCCCGGCCAGACCCGCACCUGGUGCGGCGGCAGCCUCAUCAACAACCGGUACGUGCUGACGGCGGCCCACUGCACCAGUGGCAAGACGGCGUCGCAGAUCCAGGUGCUGUUGGGCGAUCACCGCAUCAGCGUGGUCGACGGUGAGUCACGUCACACCCUCAGCCAGAUCAUCCAGCACCCGUCCUACGUGACGGCCGGCAAGGGGUACGACUACUCGCUGCUGAAGCUGUCCAGUCCGGUCACGUUCAACAGGCGGCGCGCGGCCGUGUGCCUGCCGACCGCCGGCCAGACGUACGCCGGCGCCACCGCCAUCGCCACCGGCUUCGGCCAGCUCGGCGCCUCGCAGGCGCAGGCCACGGAGCUGCAGGAGGUCGAGCUGCCGGUCAAAUCCGAUGCUCAGUGCAGGACCGUGUGGAACAUCCUCACCAGCACCAUGAUCUGCGCCGGCGGUCUGCCGGCCGGCGGCAAGGCGGUCUGCAUGGGCGACAGCGGCGGCCCGCUCGUCACGCUGGAGAACAGCAAGUACGCCCUGAUCGGUGUCGUGUCCUUCGGCCAGCCGUGCGCCCUGGCCGGCACGCCUGACGUGUUCGCCCGGGUAACGGCGGUGCUGCCCUGGAUCCGCAGCAACACGGCCGACGCCACCUACUGCAGCUAGAGUACGGCUGCCCGCCCGCCCGCCGGCCACCCUGGGUCCAGAGCAAUACGGCCGACGCCACCUUCUGCAGCUAGAGUACGGCUGCCCGCCCGCCCGCCGGCCACCCUGGGUCCAGAGCAAUACGGCCGACGCCACCUACUGCAGCUAGAGUACGGCUGUCCGCCCGCCUCUCCGAACGGGGCACACGAAUAUCCCUCCGACCUUGAUUUUCAGUCAUUUCUGUCUUAUCGAGCCACGGGACAGUGCUAUUUGUCGCUCCUGAUUCACCCCUGGGUUUGGUCCACGUCACGUCAAAACUGUAUUGAACUGAAGUUGCAUGGUCUGAAAAAUACAUCUAAACGGCAUUUGCCACGAAGAAAAGCAUA